AACUCGACGCGGAAACACACUCGCGAUGGCGCGGCCGAUCAUAGAAGCUAUUCGCACAGGGGAUGUAGCUCUGGCGAAAAAGCUGUUACAGUCGCAGAAAUAUGGAUGUUUAGAUUGUCAAACAUCGCGGAGAGAUGGAACUGCACUAUUCUGGGCGGCGUGUCGAGGUCUUAUAGAACUGGUUGAGUUGCUUCUUACCAGCAAUGCGAGCGUGAAUGCGUCCACUGGGUACGGAGCGACUCCCCUCCAUGCGGCCGCAGAUGCUGGCCGAGUGCAAGUUAUCAGGUUGUUGGUGAAGAAUGGAGCGAAUGUGAACUCGUUAACUCAGAGCGGAGACACGCCCUGCCACCUAGCGGCGUACCGCGGAAAUAGCCAUGCCGUGCAAGUUCUGGUUGAAGAGGGCGCAAAUCUUAACACGUGCAACCGGAAGUGUCAUCGCCCUGUGGACGAGGCCGAGGCAAAUGGUCAUUUCCAGAUAGUGGAGUAUUUAACAGCGGUUUCUAGCGCAUUUCACUGUAGAGGCCAUGAAUCCGACAUGAGCGUUCCAGGGUCACCAGUGUAUAACCUCUCUCACCAAAGAGUUGCAUUCAGGGAAUGUAACUCCUCCCCAGUGUUCCCAACAGAAACUGUGUUAUCUCCCCCUAAGGACCAUCACCACGUACAUUUUAACCACGCGCCUGGCGUGUCGAGUUACAUGAACAUUGCUUCAACAACAGACAGCGUGUAUUUGUCUGAGUACCAUGGUGUGAAUGAUCUGUCUAUUGAUACAGAAAGCGUAUCCAACGCUUCCCAAAUUAGUUAUUUUAAUAUACCUUUAUACGACUGAGCUAGGACCAAUCCCCUUAGGGACGUGCGCCAAAGGGGAUGUGGCUUGAUAUAUAUCUGAGUACAAAAGGGCUACUAAGCCUUGUUUAGAAUGGCAAUUGAAAUACAUUUAUAUGUGUGAGGUAUGAUGCUAAGACACCCGGCCGAUGUAUUCUAGAACAAGUACAGCAUUAGAGAAAAGUCAACUGACUGUUGCAACGCCUUUGGAAAGAACGACCCUUCGGGGUGAACAAGGAUAGAACAGAAGACACACGUUGAUUAUAAGACUCCUUACUGGUAAUGUGGCUGUGAUUAAAUGACCCAGAGAACACGACAUGAACGGUGACAAAGAUGACAACGCUGACCAAAAAACAAACUCAAUGUAUUUCCUGACUGAGAUCAUGGUAGCAUCUGUCAGAGAUCGGGGUAUCCCAAUGCUGAGAUAGGGGUAUAUCCCCUGUAUGAGACCAGGAUGUUUCCUGGCUGAGAUCUUGGAUACCUUGGAUGAGAUCAGGAUAUUACCUGGCAAAGAUCGGGGUAUAUCUCGUUGAGUUCAGAGUAUCCCUGGUUGACAUCGUUGAUCCUAAGCUAAGAUCGGGUAUGUCCUGGAUGAGAUUUUGUUUUAAGUGUGCCUGUGACCAAUUUGCCAAAUAGACUUCACAAUUGUUUAGAUUUGCAGUUAGUCUUGUAAUAUAGAUCUGUUGUAUCGUAUACGUAUUGCUAAAAACUUGGGUGUUAUUUGUGUGAAUGUUCAUGUUUUACUUAUUGAUGGCUUGUUUAUUUGUUUGUUGGUUUGUUGUUUAACGCCGCGCUCUGCAAUAUUCCAGCUAUAUUACGAUGGUCUGUAAAUAAUCGGGACCGGACAAUCCAGUGGUUGACAUCAUGAGCAUCGAUCCACGCAAUUGGGAUACGAUAAGAUGCAUGAACCAAGUCAGCGAGCCUGACCACCCGAUCCCGUUAGUCGCCUAACAUAGUUUGUCAUUUAGUUUUUUCUUGCUGUGGUUCUUGUCCCACGACUGCGUUUCAUUUGUCAGUUUUAAGAACAAAUGCCAGAACACGUAUUGCCUAAAAAUUACAGUGCAUUGACGUCGUGUUAUGAUUAUAAUGAUAUGACAUUUGGAUAUGUUAACAACAAACGAUCUGAACAUGUAUUGGAGGUGUAUACAUUCUUAAUACAUUUUCCAAUACAAAAAAAACAACUGAAUGUCAUAUUUGAUACUGAAACAUCAAUUAAUUGAUUCCAUUCACCUUUGAAAAUUAUUUCUCGUAUUAUUCCGCAAGAUCCUAUAUUUCCUUCCUCCGAUGAAAUGCAAGCAGGCGUUAUCGGCGCCGCCAUGAACACAGGCAGUGCCCGGGUGAAUGGUUAAUUUUGCGCCUCUGCUUGGCAGUGCUAAACUUGCAAACGUUGUCCUUGACCGUGUUCAGUGUUCAAUAACAUUCAUGUAUGUAGUAUGUUGCGGACUACUUCUCACGACAUCAUGGUAUUACACGACGUCACUCGCUCACUGCAUAUAGCUCAUCGUUAACGUUAUUUAUUGGUAUCGGCUAUGACACUUUCCGUAUUUUGUGUCGUCUGCUGCCGUGUGUAUUGAUGGCGGUUCGUGUUCCCAGGGUAAAUGCAUUCAAGUUGCCCAUGUCUUUCAAAGUAUUGCUGUUGAUGUUUAUUAAAGUUGUUGUUAUGA